UGCUGGUGGAGUGACGACAGCGCCGCCAUGUUGAGAGGCAGGCCCUCCAAGUACUUCGUCCUAUAACGUAUUAAAAAACACACAUUUUGUGUCACAUGUUGAUGCGAAAGAUGAUACUCAAUUGUAGGGAUCUGGUCCCAUCAUGAAGGUGGUUAAAUGGUGUUGGCGCGCCCUCUGGCGUUCAAAGUCUGCACACGUCUGAUGGCUGAGGUUUCAAGUUCCCUUGUAGCUUUAUCAUUGGCUGAACCUUGAGGCGCCUUCAAGUUCCACUUUGUUUGGAGAUGUCGGCGCCGUCUCCACCCCCAUCCCGCUGCUGGAGAGGGAGGAGGACAUUUUUUUUGUUUCUUUUUUUGCGAGGAAAAGGAAUCUGCUAAAUGCAACAAAAUAUUAAGAUGAGCAUCCAUACUUAAUCACCCUCGGACUGUCUAGCAGCUCGGCCUUUGUUACUGUAUUUCCACUUGGACUCCGGCCCGCCGCGGGGAGGCCUCGUCCGAUCGCCAUGGAGACGGUGGUGAUCGUGGCCAUCGGGGUGCUGGCCACCAUUUUCCUGGCGUCCUUCGUGGCCCUGGUGGUAGUGUGUCGACACCGCUACUGCCGCCCGCAUCACCUGCUGCACCACUUCGACUCCAAGCCCACGGUGGACCUGAUUGGAGCCAUGGAGACCCAAAGCGAGCCAUCAGAGCUGGAGCUGGAUGACGUGGUCAUAACCAACCCGCACAUCGAGGCCAUCCUGGAGAACGAGGACUGGAUAGAGGACGCCUCCGGUUUGGUCUCUCACUGCAUCUCCAUUUUGAAGAUCUGCCACACUUUGACCGAGAAGCUUGUCGCCAUGACGAUGGGCUCAGGGGCAAAGGUCAAAGCCCCGGCCAGCCUGAGUGAUAUCAUCACGGUGGCUAAACGUAUCAGCCCCAGGGUGGACGACGUGGUGCGUUCCAUGUACCCGCCUCUGGACCCCAUUCUCCUCGACGCCAGGGCCACAGCUCUGCUCCUGUCAGUCAGCCACCUGGUUUUGGUCACCCGCAACGCCUGCCACAUGUCCGGCAGCCUAGACUGGAUUGACCAAUCGCUGAACGCAGCCGAAGACCACAUGGUGGUCUUGCGGGAAGCGGCGUUGGCUUCCGAGCCAGAUCGAAGCUUCGCUGGAAGUGAAGUCCAAAGAGAGCAGGCCAUCUAGACGCAACACAGGACGCAUGGAUCCAUUCUUCAUCUUCUCUUAUGUACACUUUGCACCCACUUUAUGUAACAAUAGCUGGAAAUGUCCCCUUCAAGUGGGCCAUCUCCCAGUGGUGGUGGGCUUUAAUCCAAUCACAUGAAGGCUUAGCGAGCUAAUCCAGCCCCAGAAAAUGUUCUGCUGCUGAGCGGACUAUCAGAACCUGGCCAACAAUUUGUGAGCCAGUGUGACUUCAGAAACGUCACUUUCAUUCUUCAUCUUGUUCUUCACUGGUGACAUUAAAAGGUGAAAAAAAAUUGGAGGCGGAGCACAGUUUUCAUGUUGUCCUGCGAUGAAGCAAACCAACAUGUCCGCCAAUGUAAUUGUUUGUCACAAGUGUGUCUGAAUACAUUUAACCUUUUUUUUUCCGUGUGUAUAUAUUGUUUAUUCCAUCUAUUCUCAGCACCCAUGCACCACAUACAUUAUUAAUUGUCACUGAAUUAUUUCCGUAGUCGGUCUACCUGUGAUUUGUACAGAUUCAGUGAUAGGAAACGUGUCUGUACGUGUUUAAAAAGUCCAUAAAUUACAUAAAUAAAGUUGAA